CGGUUCCCGCUCGGGUCCGCCGGGGCCGGGGCGGCGGCGGGCGGGGGAGGCGGGGAGCGGAGCAGCACCCGGGACCGGCUCCUGGCGGCGCUGGAGGAUCUCGAGCUCUUGGCCAGGGAACUAAUUGAAAUUUUGGCAAUUUCAAGAAACCAAAAGCUUCCACAACCAGGAGAGGAGAGCCAGAUCCUGGAACUGCUGAUUCAGAGAGAUGGAGAGUUUCAAGAGCUAAUGAAGUUGGCAGUUGAUCAGGGAAAAAUCCAUCAUGAAAUGCAGCUUUUAGAAAAGGUAGUAGAAAAGCGGGAUAAUGAUAUUCAGCAGCUGCAGAAACAGCUUAAAGAAGCAGAGCACAUACUGGCAACAGCUGUUUAUCAAGCAAAGGAAAAACUGAAAUCAAUUGAAAAAGCACGAAAAGGUGCCAUUUCCUCUGAAGAAAUAAUUAAAUAUGCCCAUAGGAUCAGUGCUAGCAAUGCUGUUUGUGCCCCUCUGACAUGGGUACCAGGCGACCCACGCAGGCCAUAUCCUACAGAUCUGGAAAUGAGAAGUGGUCUCUUGGGUCAGAUGAACAACCCAUCCACCAAUGGAGUCAAUGGACACUUACCAGGGGAUGCACUUGCAGCAGGCAGGCUGCCAGAUGUGCUUGCUCCUCAGUACCCUUGGCAGUCAAGUGAUAUGUCAAUGAACAUGCUACCUCCUAAUCAUAGUAAUGACUUCAUGCUGGAGCCUCCGGGACACAAUAAAGAGAAUGAAGAUGAUGUAGAAGUGAUGUCAACAGACUCCUCAAGCAGCAGCAGUGACUCAGACUAGGUACAAGGGGGACAAUAUCCUUAGUAGACCUUUCCUGUGGUGAAGGUAGAUUGAUGCUGUUUGUCACAAACUGCAAUAUCCUUUUGUUACGCCAGCAGCCCUGUGUAGGGAGAACAUAACAGCUGGCUCAGAAAUAGGGUGACU